CCGCUCUGCGAGCGCCCCGGCGGUGAUAUCAGGCACCCAGUCUUGGCCAGCGCUGGGGGUGAGCGCCCGCCUCUGGAAUCAGCAGCCCCGUUCCGCCCCCAGCAGCCCCACAGGGGGCGAGCAGGGUCGGACAGAGGGAAUCAUGGCCACGGCAAAUGUUUCUGUUUCUUCGUGAUCUCUCGCGCUUUUCUCGCUCAUCAAUAAUUCACCUUCGGGCUGCUUUUUUUUUUUUUUUUUUUUUUUUUUACAUGUGGAGGUGGGGAAGCCAAACGGGGGGGCGCUGGGAAGCGGGGAUGGUGUUUGUUUGCUUUGGUGGGGUAUUUUCAGGCGACCGUUAAAGGACAAAGGUUUGGGUUUGGGGUGUUUUGUUGUUUUUUUCAAAAGGCAGCGGGGAAGACUUUGGCUUUCCCCCCAGCAUUGCUGGACCCGCGCGUGGGGAAGCGGCGGCGGGUGCUGGCUCCCCCCCGCUGCUGCCGGGCUUGCGGAGAGGUGGACGGAGAGGCUGGGGCGCUCCGAGCGAGGCUGCGCUGCCCGCCGACGGUGCUGAACAUGGGCGCUCCAACCAGGGCGCUGGCCGUGGUCCCCACCGUGAUGUUGGCCCUGGCUCUCCCCAGCCUCCCGGUCUGGGCGCAGAACGACACCGAGCCCAUCGUCCUGGAAGGGAAAUGCCUGGUGGUUUGUGACUCCAACCCGGCCGCCGAUGCCAAGGGCGCCUCCUCCUCUCCCUUGGGCAUCUCGGUGCGGGCGGCCAACUCGAAGGUCGCCUUCUCGGCCGUGAGGAGCACCAACCACGAGCCCUCGGAAAUGAGCAACAAAACCCGGAUCAUCUACUUCGACCAGAUCCUAGUAAAUGUGGGCAAUUUUUUCACAUUGGAGUCUGUCUUUGUAGCACCAAGAAAAGGAAUUUACAGUUUCAGUUUUCAUGUAAUUAAAGUCUAUCAGAGUCAAACAAUCCAGGUUAAUUUAAUGCUAAAUGGAAAACCAGUAAUUUCUGCCUUUGCUGGGGACAAAGAUGUCACUCGUGAAGCUGCAACUAAUGGAGUCCUGCUCUAUCUAGACAAGGAGGAUAAGGUUUACCUGAAACUAGAGAAAGGUAAUCUGGUUGGUGGAUGGCAGUACUCUACAUUUUCUGGGUUUCUGGUCUUCCCUCUGUAAAAGUCAACUUCCCUGUGACAUCCAUCCUGGUGUGGACCAGUCAUUGCCUCUGCUAUUUGAAGAUCAUUUUAUCAUCAUUGGGAUUGAUGUUUCUUUAUUGGUUUCUCAUGGGUGAAUAUGGAUUCUAUUUAUGGAUUUUGGCCCUAUCUGAACUACUGUGAAGUUUCACAGAAUUUUGUGUGUUUAAAUACAGUAUAUUUGGAUUAAGACUUAAAGCAGACCAUAAAUAUCUAUGCUUAAUGUUACAGUCUAAAGCUGCCUGCAAGAUUUAUUCAGAUUUCAUUUACUGGACUUAUUGGAUUCGUGGGAGAAGUGGAUUUUCUUUUCUUUUUAAAAGACUGGCAACUGGGUCUAUAAUUUAGGAGAUUUUGAUUUCAGACUUCAAUCAAGAGUUAGCGUGUUGCUGCCAAAGAACUGUAUAUUGACAUAUUUGGUUAUACAUAUUUUUGUUCUUUUGGACACUACAGACAUAAUUUAUUCAAUUUUCUGGAGAAAGAUUAUUAUUAUUAUUGAUAAGUGAUUGACUUUAUUUCUCUUCUACAUGUAGUGGGGUUGGAUGGUUCACCAAGAUAUUUACUCUCAGUCAAUGAUCAUAAUGAAGACUACCCUACUGAAAGCUAAGAAGCUAUAUGUUAAUUGGACAUGUAGUGCAGAUUAUAAUACUAAAAAAGUGCUUAUCAGGGUUAAAAGUGAUCAGUCCAGCAUAUCUCUUCAAAACAGCUUUACCCUGCAGGAAAGCUACCAUUUGUUCUUCAACUUUAAUUAACAUGAUUGAUAAUAUCCACUUUAUUAAAAACCGAAGGGAUGCCUUCCUUAGACAUAACUACUUUAUUAGCUGGAGAUAAGACCCCUUGUUUUUAAUUGUGUCUAUGUUUCAAGUCUUCUGUUGUGUUAAAGGUAUCAUAUGUUUUUUCCUUAACUCCACAAAUGUGUAUAUAAUUAUAAAUCAUCUGUUUAGCAAAUAUUCCAUCCAAAUAGCUGGUAUCUAACUUUUUUGUCUUUUUGUACAGGUCGUAUGAAUUCAUAGAUUUAUUUAUUAUGUUGCAUUACAUAAUAAAAGUUAAUAUAUUAGCUGGA